CAGCAAUGGGCAGUGCUGUGUUAGUGCUGACUGACUAGAAAUCGUAUGAUUGGCAUUGCAGGUCAAGAAAACAUGGAAGCCACUAAUGUUGGAAAGAAAGAAGUCCCCAGAGAUCCAGAUCACUGUGAUAUCCCGUACUACGUUUCGGAAUUUGUGGAAAGGGAAGUUGGGACUGACUAUGAUUCUCUGAGGAAGCUGGACGGCCUUAUCGAUAAGCUUUCCGAAAAUAAAAGGCAGUUGGAAGAACAGGUACUUACGGUUUCAUCAGAAGUCCCUAAAAGAAUCCAGAAUGCUUUACAGAAUGCAGAAGAUUCGAAGAAGUCCCUUGCUCAGCUUUUGGAGGAAGAAACUCUUCUGUCCAGGUUAAUCAGUGACCACUUACAGAAAGCUCAGCCUUGGAUGGAGGAUCUUGAUCUACUGAUUGGUCAAGUAGAAGAGAUUGAACGACACCUUUCUUACCUUAAAUGGAUAUCACGAAUAGAAGAAUUAAGUGAUAACAUUCAGCAAUACCUGAUGACCAACAAUGUUCCCGAGGCAGCCAGUACUUUAGCAUUCAUGGCGGAACUGGAUAUUACACUUCAGGAGUCAACUUGUUCUCAUCUUCUUUCUUUUGUGAGAUCCACUGUUAAAUUCUGGCAUAAAAUUCUUAAGGACAAGUUGUCAAGUGACUUCGAAGAGGUGCUAACCCAGCUUCGAUGGCCCUUUGUGGGGCCACCACAGACUCAGGCAUUUGGCCUUUCUGCACCUGCCAGUGCUCCUGAUGUAUACAAUAAUUUGGAGACAUUGUUUUGUCAGCUUUUGAAAUUACAAACCUCAGAUGAACUAUUAACCAAACCUAAACAGUUGCCAGAAAAGUACUCUCUGCCUCCAUCACCACCUAUUAUCCUUCCAAUGCAGAUCAUGCUGAAUCCUCUUCAGAAACGGUUCAAGUAUCACUUCACUGGAAAUAAACAAACCAAUGUUUUAAACAAGCCUGAGUGGUACUUAACACAAGUGCUUAUGUGGAUUGGAAAUCACGCGCAGUUCCUUGAUGACAAAAUCCAGCCCAUCUUGGACAAGGCCGGAUCUUCAGUGAAUGCUGGGCUUGAAUUCUCUCGUGGCCUAGUAAUGCUGAUCUUGGAGAAGUUGGCUGCUGAUAUUCCAUGCCUUUUGUAUGAUGAUACUCUCUUCUCUCACCUCGUGGAUGAGGUGCUUCUAUUUGAGAGAGAGCUCUACAGUGUUCACGGUUAUCUCAGCAGCUUUCCCAGUUGCAUGCAUAUUCUCUCAGAAGAAUCCUGCUUCCAAAGGUGGCUAACAGUGGAAAAAAAAUUUGCUCUUCAGAAAAUGGACUCUAUGCUUUCAUCUGAGGCCGCGUGGAUAUCGCAGUAUAAAGAUAUCACCGAUGUAGAUGAAAUGAAAGUCCCAGACUGUGCUGAAACUUUUAUGACUCUGCUGUUGGUUAUAACAG